AUGUCUUGGCGGGCACGAUUCACGCCAUGUGUAGCGUCUCUCACUGUGUGGUUGAAUCCGAAAGAUCCCAACUGCUUCGGUGUGCGCAACUGGUGGCGGAACAAUCUUCCCGAGCUGCAGUUACUCAAUCCCUUCUGUACAUUCACCAUUCAGGAGUUAUCCUUUGGUGAGCCCCAUAUGUACAUUAACUACAGCCCUACAGACCAGCGUAUGAUUCGCCUGGCCGGGGCAACAGAGGAGGAGUGUGAAGAUAUCAUGGAGGCGUGUAUCACAUAUGGGAUGAAUCACGCGAUUAUCGAACGUCCACGCACAGAUGACGGUGGGGAUUUAAUUAAUCAACCAGCCAUCAUCUCAUUUGGAUAUACAGAGAGUUUUAUCUCUAAAUUAGAGGUUGCACCGCCGGCGGAUAUUGGGCAGCGCACACCAGAGGGAGUGGACGAUCCCGGUCAGAAGCCCCGCGUCUACCCACGUAAUGUCGGGUGUAAAAUUAUGCCUUGA